UGGUUACCGCCUGUCGCGGCUGGAGCUCUAUGCUACAAGAUGUGUGUUACAGUGAAACCUUUCCUCGGGGUAACCUAUACUAUGGUUCCGGGCGAAUAUGGAGCCGCUGCGGAAACUACUGGAGAAUCUCCGCGCUGUACAGGAGAAACUGCGAGAUGGGGAAUCCAAGGAAAGUAACAACAACUUCAAUCCACAGAGCUUCUGGAAUACAUUGGAACAAGCAUUUAAAGCCACGUCUCAGGAGGCCACCAAAAUCAGCCUUGCCUACUCCAAGCCUCCGGCGCCAUCCGAAGAGGACUGUCAGAAGCUGAGCGAUGGGCUUCUUAAUGCUAUUUUGGCAGCUUCCACUCUGUACUAUUCCCUCCCAAAGGACCAAGGUACUACCUUACGCAAGACCGUAAGAGAGGCGGUGGCUGACGUGAUAGAAGGCACCAUGCAGUUAGUCGAGGUGAUCCUGAGCGCCCGCAUACAGAGUUUGUCACAGGCACAGCUCGUUUCCACCGGCAGCGUGUGGGAGGCCUGCGAUCACUUUCCACAGAUCCCGAAAGAUAACCACGCAGCAGUAGUUGGCAUUGUAUCGGGUUAUCUUGGCGUUGUGAAGGAUGCCUUACAAGAGAUGGAAGAGGCUUUGUCAGAAGAAGGGGAUCCUUUCCGUGACGUCUUAGAUGAUGAUGAUAUGGGGGCUCGGGGGAACCAGGACACCUACUGGUCAGAGGCAGAUCGCAGGCUUAUUGCCCCCUCCUUGGGCCUAAUAAAGGCCGCUAAAGCUUGUCUGAAGAAGGUGCUGGGCGCUCUCAAGGCCUAUGGCAAGGUGGAGACAUCGGAGCAAGUGGCGCAGCUGGAUGACCUGGCAGACAUUACCCAUGAAGUCAGCCCCAGUGUGGAUGAACUGGCGCUGAGCAUGUAUCCUCCAAUGAACCACCUGGCGGUGCGGCUUAAUGCAGCGAAGCUCUCCUCUGUGCUGAAGAAAGUCCUCGAGAUCACAAGUGCCAGCCACGUUUGUCCCGACACCGAAUCCAGUUGGGUCCAGUUCCUUCACAACGCCGUCGACCACAACAUGAACAAAGUGAAAAGUCUGACCCAGGGUGCUCUCUGACAUUUGCGCAUAUCAUCGCCAGAAAUACGCUACCCCAUGUCAUUGUCGCCUGCAAGUAAUGUCUGCAGCAUAUAUAUAUAUAUAUAUAUAUAUAUAUAUAUAUAUAUAUAUAUAUACACGAAAAUGCCAAAGCCGCCCGCGCCAUAUGUAUCGGUUGGGCUGGGGGGGGGAUGUAUAGCUUUACUUAUGUAUGAAGGGAAGUCAUCUGCUUUAAGACUGAGCACGGCGCCCCCGUGUGGAGGUCUGUAACUCAUGUCUGCAACACUCAUUGUAAUUCAAUGACGUACGGGCUUCUUAUGUUGUCAUAAAAAAUAAAAUUAUUUAUAUAGA